UUAUUUCCGGUUCUGAGAGCGCCGCGGAAGCGGGACGGGAUUGGAGUGCUCUGCUCCGGACGCACUACGUAGGUGGGCCUGCGGGAGUUCUGAGUGCGACGGCGCAGGUCUGCACUAUGGCGGCCCGGCUUGUGAGCCGAUGCGGGGCUGUGCGUGCAGCUCCCCACAGCGGCCCGCUGGUGUCCUGCCGCAGGUGGUCCGGCGCCUCAACAGACACCGUGUAUGACGUGGUGGUGUCGGGUGGAGGCCUGGUGGGCGCUGCCAUGGCCUGUGCCUUGGGAUAUGAUAUUCACUUUCAUGACAAGAAAAUCCUGUUGCUCGAAGCAGGUCCAAAGAAAGUACUGGAGAAAUUGUCAGAAACUUACAGCAACAGGGUCAGCUCCAUUUCCCCUGGCUCUGCAACGCUUCUCAGUAGUUUUGGUGCCUGGGACCAUAUCUGCAACAUGAGAUACAGAGCCUUUCGGCGAAUGCAGGUGUGGGACGCUUGCUCAGAGGCCCUGAUAAUGUUUGAUAAGGAUAAUUUAGAUGACAUGGGCUAUAUCGUGGAGAAUGAUGUCAUCAUGCAUGCUCUCACUAAGCAGUUGGAGGCUGUGUCUGACCGAGUGACGGUUCUCUACAGGAGCAAAGCCAUUCGCUAUACCUGGCCUUGUCCAUUUCCUAUGGCCGACUCCAGCCCUUGGGUUCAUAUUACCCUAGGUGAUGGCAGCACCUUCCAGACCAAAUUGUUGAUAGGUGCAGAUGGUCACAACUCCGGAGUACGGCAGGCUGCUGGAAUCCAGAAUGUGAGCUGGAACUAUGACCAGUCUGCUGUUGUGGCUACUCUGCAUUUAUCAGAGGCCACAGAAAACAACGUAGCCUGGCAGAGAUUUCUUCCCUCUGGGCCUAUUGCUCUGCUCCCGCUCUCAGACACCUUGAGUUCCUUGGUUUGGUCCACGUCCCAUGAACAUGCAGCAGAGCUAGUUAGCAUGGAUGAGGAAAAAUUUGUGGAUGCCGUUAACUCUGCCUUUUGGAGUGAUGCUGACCACACGGACUUCAUCGACACAGCUGGUGCCAUGCUGCAGUAUGCUGUCAGCCUUCUGAAGCCCACUAAGGUCUCGGCUCGCCAGCUGCCCCCAAGCGUAGCCAGGGUGGAUGCCAAAAGCCGAGUUCUGUUUCCUCUUGGGUUGGGACAUGCUGCUGAGUACGUCAGGCCUCGGGUGGCGCUCAUUGGGGAUGCAGCCCACAGAGUCCAUCCGCUUGCAGGACAGGGUGUCAACAUGGGCUUUGGGGAUGUCUCCAGCUUGGCCCAUCACCUCAGUACGGCAGCCUUCAAUGGGAAGGACUUAGGUUCCAUGAGCCACCUCACAGGUUAUGAAACAGAAAGACAGCGUCACAACACUGUUCUUCUGGCUGCUACAGACUUACUAAAAAGGCUCUAUUCUACCAGUGCCUCCCCGCUUGUGUUGCUCAGGACGUGGGGCUUGCAGGCCACAAAUGCAGUGUCUCCACUCAAAGAACAGAUUAUGGCCUUUGCAAGCAAAUGAGUACUCCUCUCCUAAAGAAAGAUUACGUUGAUGAAAAAGAACAUCCUGCCCAGGACCCAUCAUACAUAUUUUCAAGAUCUUAUUUAAUUUAAUAAACUUACUUUACAUUAAAA